GGCUGGAACAAACGUGUGCGUACGUGUGCAAAAAAAGAAGCUUUCACUUUCACUUCAGUCGCCAUUGAUUCGGCGGAGAGGCUGCAUUCAAAACAAUAAAAAAAUAGGAAUAAGUAAACAAAGUAGCAGCAGUGAAGCGACUCAGGAAAACAGAGGAACACUUUAGGAAACUCCACCAUGUCUUUUAAGUACCCGGCUGCCCGCAGAGAUGAGAGUAAGGUGGAUGACUACCAUGGAACAAAGAUCUGCGAUCCCUACGCAUGGCUGGAAGACCCUGAUGGUGCAGAAACAAUGGCCUUUGUUGAGGAGCAGAACAAAUUGACCAUGCCAUACCUGGAGCAGUGUGCUGUGCGGGCUCAAUUCCACCAGCGUCUUACCGAGCUCUAUGACUAUCCCAAAUAUAGCUGCCCUUACAAAAGAGGGAAGAGGUAUUUCUACUUUCACAACAAAGGUCUCCAGAACCAGGAUGUGCUGUAUGUGCAGGACUCAUUGGAUGGAGAGGCCACCGUAUUCUUUGACCCAAAUAAACUCUCUGAAGAUGGCACGGUGGCACUGAAGAUGGGCCGUCUGUCAGAGGAGUGUGAAUAUUUUGCGUAUGGUUUGAGCAGCAGUGGGUCAGACUGGGUAACGGUUAGUUUCAUGAAAGCUGAUGACCUCACCCAACUGCCUGAUGUACUGGAGAGGGUUAAGUUCAGCUGCCUGGCCUGGACCCAUGAUGCCAAGGGGAUCUUCUACAACUGUUACCCACCCCAGGAAGGCAAAACUGACGGCACAGAGACCACCAGUAACAUCAAUCAGAAGCUCUACUACCACAUCAUCGGCACCAAACAGUCAGAAGACGUUCUGGUUGCAGAGUUCCCCGAACAUCCUAAGUGGCACAGUUCAGUAACCAUAUCAGAUGAUGGCAGAUAUGCUGUUAUGUCCAUCACUGAAGGCUGCGAACCCGUCAACCAGCUGUGGUACUGUGACCUUCAGCAGCUCCCCGAUGGCAUCACAGGCCUGCUGCCAUGGGUCAAACUCGUUGACAACUUUGAAGCCCAGUACUCAUAUGUCACCAAUGAGGGAACUGUAUUCACGUUCCAGUCCAACUUGGACGCUCCUCGGUACUGUCUCAUCAACAUAGACAUCCAGAAACCAGACAAGGAGAACUGGACUACUCUCAUCCCACAGCAUGACAAGGACGUCCUGGGCUCUGUCUCCUGUGUGAACCAGCACCACCUGCUGGUCAACUAUGUUCAUGACGUGAGGGACACCCUGCAGGUGUAUGAGCUUUCUACAGGCCAACUGGUCAGGGACCUGCCGCUGGAUGUUGGCACUGUGGCAGGAGUGAGCUGCAAGAAGAAACACUCUGACUUCUUCUACAAGUUCACCUCCUUCACUACACCUGGUAUCAUUUACCACUGUGAUUUGAGCGAGCCCAACCCAGAGCCCAAAGUGUUCAGGGAGGUGGAGGUCAAAGGCAUCAAGCAAGAGGACUAUGAGACCAAACAGGUGUUUUAUCCCAGUAAAGAUGGAACGAAGAUCCCAAUGUUCUUAGUUCAUGCAAAGGGCCUAAAGACGGAUGGGACUCAUCCUGUCUUCCUUUACGGCUACGGAGGCUUUGAGGCUUCCAUACAACCAUACUACAAUGUUGCCUACCUGCUGUAUGUGAGACACCUGGGAGGCAUCCUGGCAGUGGCCAACAUCAGAGGGGGUGGAGAGUACGGUCUCACCUGGCACAAAGGUGGAACAUUAGGCAACAAGCAGAAUUGCUUUGAUGACUUCCAGUGUGCAGCAGAGUAUCUGAUCCAGGAGAAGUAUACCACAGCCAGCCGCAUCGCCAUCAACGGCGCUUCUAAUGGAGGGCUGCUAGUGGCUGCAUGUGUGAACCAGCGUCCAGACCUGUUCGGCUGUGCUGUGGCAGAGGUGGGGGUGAUGGAUAUGCUGAAGUUCCACAAAUUCACCAUCGGCCACGCCUGGACCACCGAUUAUGGCUGUGCUGACGACCCGGAGCAGUUCAAGUGGCUCAUCAAGUAUUCUCCUCUCCAUAAUCUCCCUCAGCCACCAUACUCCGGGCCUUCCUACCCUGCCAUCCUGCUUCUGACAGCAGAUCAUGAUGAUCGCGUGGUGCCUCUCCACACCCUGAAGUAUUGCGCUGCUUUGCAGCAUGGAGUGGGCAGCAGCCCCGUGCAGCGUCAGCCUCUGAUGGUAAGGGUAGACACCCGCAGUGGGCAUGGUGCAGGGAAACCCACCGCCAAGGCCAUCUUGGAGGACGCGCACAUCUUCUCCUUCAUCGCUGAGACACUUGGGCUCAGCUGGAAGGACUGAAGAGAUAAAGAUGUUAUGUAAAGGAUAUACGCAGUAAGGGAGGCUUUUUAAGAAAACACAGAUUUACAUUUUUGUAACACACUGGUACAGCGGUAAUGAUUAGGGAAACUGUAAGAAAAGUAAGAACAAUUGAGAUAAUAACUAUAUUUUAAUGCAUACUUUAAGUUUGGACUUGAAAUUUAACUUUGAACUAAAGUAUUUUAAUAAAAUCUAAAAAAAAAAAAAAAAAUGUUCAAUGAUUGCUGUCUAAUGUGUUACAGUCCAUAGUGUCCUAAUUGUAAUUCUGUUCUAAACUAGAUUAAAUUAGAUCUGAAAUGUUCCGAAUCAUUCAAAGAAGAAGUAUUUAAAAGAAUUUAAAUGAGUAAAAGAAAUAAUACUUGAGUGUCAAAAUUAUUUUUUAAAGUAAAAUCAUAACAAAUGUACCCUUUUUUACCUUUUACUCUCAUCAGAAUGUGCCUUGCAAAGGCAACAAUGCCACGCUGAUCAUGGGUUUUAACAUGUUUUGGAGGCUUUGGAUGUCAAUGUACUGCACCAUCCUCUGUUUGAAUCUUUCCUUUUUCUCCCAAGUUGCUUAUCAGAACAAAUACUUUUGGAAGAAAAAAAAAAAAUAAAUAAAAAUUAAUAAAAACAAAACAAACAAAAAAAAAAGUAUGAUCAAAAUGUCCCCUUUUAGAGUGUUAGUCAAUAUACUCAUUAUACAUUGUUAUUACUAAUACACAAUACACUCAUUUACUUCCUUGACAAAAGUUAAAGAAAAAGAUCAAGGCCACUCUCAUCUGUAGAUCAAAUAUGAAACUACAGCCAGCAAGUGAUUAGUUAGACUGGAAUGGGGCAAACAGAGUCUGGCUCUGUUUGAAUGUUACAAAAUCAACUUAGCGGCACCACUAAAACUCAUUUAUUGUAAAUUAUAUGAAUAAUUAAUCAGUACCAAAAAAACCCCAAACAAAAUUAACUGUCAGUUAUGUUCCGGCCAAAAAAAAAAGUCACCACAAAACUGCCUGUAAAACCACGAUUUGUUGAACUCUUCCUUUAAAACUUUACAACAUGGUCAUAUGUUUUGUGUGUACAAUCUUUAUCUGCAGAGUAACUAAAGCUGCCAGCUAAAUUAGUAGGAGCAGAAAGUAUAAUUCUGUCCUCUGAAAUAAAGUAUCAUGAAAUUAAAAAUGUUAAAUUAAGUAAGAGUUACAUAUCACAGAAGUGUAAUUGAUGAAGUUUACCUGCUUAUUUAUCUUAUUUAUUUUUUGUCAGGGACAGUGUGCAUUGAUCAGUAAAUAAGUGAAAGAAUAGAAACAACAAAGAAACACACAACACUAGAAUUAGCACCUGAGAAAGCAAAAAUGUUACUGUUAUAAAAUAAUAGGAUAAAGCGCUGAAAGAAAUAAGGCAGCAUCAUGCAAAGUAUGACAUUCUAAAAGCCGGCAAUAAUACAAAACAUGUUAGGCAGACAAUCUUUACAAGUGGUUAAAAGUUUUAGUUUAGUUUAGUUAUGUGCAAAGGACCAAUAAGAGUGCUUUACACCUUUCUUCAGAGCACGAGUCAUUUCUAUAGGAUGCAGUUCUCACAUAUACCACCUAGUGGCAGUAUGGGACUACAAAAUGUACCCUACAAGCCUGACCCUCUACUAACACCUCAAGGUCAAAGGCUGGGUGUCAGUUUAGUGUCAUUCUGUUUGGCUGCUUCAUUCAGGGGGAUUUUAGGGGAAAAACACAAACAGCAGAUGCACUUUGCUAAACCCUGAAUAUUAUCUGUCUGCCUGCUGGGUGGUGGGGAGGAUCACAACACUGGCACAUAGAGACCAGUAGGAUACAGCUGUAUAACACAACAGAAAUAGAACACAGAAAGAAUAGGGACUUAUAUAAGGGGGGGGCAGGACUUGUACUUGUGAAGGAAGAUGUAGGUGUAGUGAGACAGAUGAAAGAGAAAGAUCUGAGGAGAUCUUAAAAGUAUGCACAGAGCAGUCAAAAGAGAUGGAGAAUGAUGAUAGACGGUAGCUAUAUGGCAAGACAGCGAGAGGCAACAAGCAGACAAGUGGAGAGAGACUGAAAGUGCCCUUAUGGAGAGUCUCAGGAGGCACCCAGACAGACGGGUGUUUUAACUGUCAAAAAAAAAAAAAAAAAAAGACAGAGAGAAACUCCGCCAGCCUCCAUUCUGCCAACCACAGAGAGUGAGAGAAGUUGUCCGUUCGGUCACUCAGAGUUUAAUCUCUGCUCAGUGGGAAGUUCUGAUUUCGUCAGUCUGAACCCCGGGCCUUAUCUAAGUACCCUCUCAGUGGAUAGAUAGGAUGGGAAAAGGAGAGAAGGCUGCAGGAGGAGGAUUUGCAGACAAUGACUCUUUGCCACAGGGGCAAAGUGGUUGAAUGAAGCAGAGAAAGACAAAGCCAGUAAUAAGCUGGACAUAUGAGAGACAGAGAGGUUUAAGACCAUGCAGCGAAAAGACUGUGACGCUCUUCUCCCAGGAGUGUCCCAGAGGAUUGAGCAGGCUUUUGCUGCUUCAUUUCCUUCAUUCACCCCCCCGUCACCUCUUGAGCUCACCCUUCCUUCUCUUCUCGCUGUACACACAAGCACACGCAGCCUUUGCAGCUCUUUUUUCCCUCUGGAGAAACACAAGCUUUUACCUACAAAAGCCUCACCGUCUCACACUCGCAGGUCCCCAUCCUGUCCUCCGUUUGUUUACUUUACUCCCUCCAUAAUGCAGGGAUUAAUUUCUCAAAGCCGAUUUGAGCUGCGGCACGCUUCGGCAAAGAGUGGAGAGCAGAACUUUUGUG